AUGUCUGACAACGUGACUGACCCUCCAAAGCGCCACUGGCACGGUGAAGCAGGGAACCGCUACGAACAUCAAAACGUCUGGACUCACGGCGGUGCCAAAGGUCCUGCAAAUCGUGCUCCCUGGGCUCUAACUCCUGAACAAACAAUGGCUGCCGACUCAUCUCGCCGAAGCUCCGCCGCUUCCAGCAGCGGAAGUCCCCCUUCCACUAUGAACGAUCGCCGCCGUUCUAGCGCGAGCUCCAAGUCCGGCCCCAUGUUCGCGGGCCUGCAGUCGGUGAAGCGUGAUUCCACCGAUGCUAAUAUGUCGGCUCGUCGGGCGAGCUGGAACGAGCAGCAGCAGCCCGGAGGUUUCUUCUCCAAGUUGUGGGAGGGAUAUACCCGGGGAAAGUGA